AUGCUGCACGGCGGCGAGGAGAAGAAGGGGAAGGUGAAGAAAGGGUGGCUGGCGGUGCGCGUCGGGGCGGAGGGCGACGAGGGCGGCUUCCAGCGGUUCGUCAUCCCCAUCGCGUACCUGUACCACCCGCUGUUCCGCCGCCUGCUGGAGGCCGCGCGCGACGCCUACGGCUACGACUACUCCGCGGGGCCACUGCGCCUGCCCUGCUCCGUCGACGAGUUCCUCCGCCUGCGCGCGCUCGUGGAGCGGGACACGCAGGCGGCGGCGCCUGCCUCGUCGUCCUCGCACCACCGCGUGCACGCCGGCGGCGGGUCGCACGGACACUACUCCCUCUCCCCGUGCACCCGCGCCAAGGUCACCUCAUGA